CCUGGCAAAAAACGUCCACGAGUGCCCGUUGAAUAAGUGCAAAUAAAGGGCCGGCGUGGAGGCCAGAGUCCUCCAGACUGCUUUUAGCAGGCGUUCCAGCCUACCCCCCCCUUCCACUUCCAGGUCAGGGAGGUGUGUCCACGAGAAGAGGAGGAAGCAAAUUCAGCCGGCGUUCUCACGCCGGCGACCAGACCUUAGCAGAGAGUCUCCUGCUAGGGGGUUCUCAACCCCGGCAGCACCUCUGUAGGGAGUCACUCAGUUUCUGGCUUUACUACUUCAUUCACGCCCUGACUAGUUUCCAGCACUUCUAGAGAUUGAGAAACACUGCAGAGAGGAAAGGGCUGUCAGAAUCCAAGCCCACUCCCCUCGGGGCCUCCUGGGGAAGGGCCAUCUCUUGUUUGCCGAAAUCAUCGGCCGCCAAAAUCAGUUCAUUUGCUCCCAUCCCAGAGCUUCAGUGCCUUCAUUUCCCGGUUCUGCAAGCACACCGGGCGACAGAGUUAUGGAGAAGCGCCUGCAGGAGGCUCAGCUGUACAAGGAGAAAGGGAACCAGCGUUACCGGGAAGGGAAAUACCGAGACGCUGUGAGUAGGUACCAUCGAGCUCUGCUUCAGCUGCGAGGGCUGGAUCCAAGUCUGCCCUCCCCGAUACCUAAUCUAGGACCUCAGGGUCCGGCUCUCACUGCCGAGCAAGAAAACAUACUGCACACCACCCAGACAGACUGCUACAACAAUCUAGCUGCUUGUCUCCUUCAGAUGGAGCCUGUAAACUACGAACGUGUGAAAGAAUACAGCCAGAAAGUCCUUGAACGCCAGCCUGACAAUGCCAAGGCCUUGUACCGGGCUGGGGUGGCCUUUUUCCACCUGCAGGACUAUGAGCAGGCGCGGCACUACCUCCUGGCUGCUGUCAGCCGACAGCCGAAAGAUGCCAAUGUCCGGAGAUACCUCCAGCUAACACAGUCGGAACUCAGCAGCUACCGUCGGAAAGAGAAGCAACUCUACCUAGGAAUGUUUGGUUAACAAAGAAGAAAGAUGCUUCUCACUUGAACUUAGGGGAACCAUUAAUGACUUAUUGAGGGGGGCCUCAGUAAGAGUAAUCAGCACCACAUUGCUGACCCAAUGGAUUUCUGUUUUGUUUUCAUUUCUGUCCAAAAUCUUCACCUCUUGGCUAUCCAUCCAUAUAUUGUGGAGCUCUCAAUUCCCGGCAUUCUUGGGGACAUUCACUUGGAAGAAACAACCAGAAAUCACUCACCAGCUGGGGUGGAAUUGAUCAUAUCUACGGCACAGGCCUGGUGGGUGAGCUUAAUGUAGUUGUGUACAGAGGAGCAGCGGCAGAGGAUGAGAGAGUAAGGCUGGACGGAAAGGAGUUUCUCCAUUGUUCUCUCAGAUACCCAAAGCUACAGUUACACAGGCCACCAGCUAGGAAACUAUAAUUUGGACAGACAUUAAACAGCAAAAGGAAAGAUUUUUAAAUCAGCUAUUUUUGUUUAACUCCUUAAUAUACCAACUACAAUCAUAUUUUUUUUUCUUACAUAGUACCUGGAUUCCACUGUUUCCUUGGGUAACUUCUACUCCUUGCUGUUGUUCAUACUCAGAUUACUAAGGUAGUAUACUUCUUUAUUUUUUCAUUAAAUUCUUCUAUUGUAAAACCUCAGGAAUCAAGCAUUUACCUUUUCAUUUGAGCCCAUCAGCCUUCAUGCCAAAAACACCCAAGUAAACAUUUUAAUUUUGUAAUAGAUUGGGCAUCUAGGGUAUGCUUCUUUCGCUAAAGGACAUAAGAAAGAUGUCAGGCUGCUAGAAAUAAUCUCAGAUAAGAACAUACAUCUGUCCUUUACCUGUCACCUUGUAUUUUGCAAGAGCUCAGUUGUUUACAGAGGGAAACAAGACUUCUCCUUCCUUAGUGCCUUCCAAACACCUGACAGAACUUUCUGGUAGCUGUACUGGGCCUGGGUACAGGUUCCAGGUCUCAUGCAGCUAGGACUUGAUAGCAGGCUCCAUCAACCAGGAACUCCUUUCCUGUUCUGUUCACUCUGGUGAGUAACGUACAUGUUCAGCAGUGUAGUCAGAGGUGUGCAGUACCCCUCCUUGUCGCAAGGGGAGAGAGAAGCUUGUCAUCAGCUGUCACACACAGGCCGAUUUCUGAAACAGAAAAACCCGCCAUAGCUUUGCCACUGUGCUCGAGUCUUUCAUUUACCUUCCCCUCUCCCAGUGAAGUGGGCUGUUCUUUGCAUGUCCUUGUACCAAUCAGUAACAGCUACCGGCUUACCACAAAAAGAUUUUCUAUCAAGUAAUCUUAGGAAAUGAAGGACACAACCAACAAUGUGUAUAAUAUUGUCGUUCUCUUCUAAGCUGCUUAAGUUGCAAAGCCUAGUGUGUUAACAAGUUUGGCCAAAGUUGUGUUUGUUUGAACUGCUUUUUAUUUUCUGGCUUUAUCUUCUAUUUUGUUUUUCUUUCCCAAAGAUUCAGUGUUACAGCAAGCUUUCUUGUGCAUCAUUAAGGAAAAAAAUAAAGCUCAUAUUUGAAAGCAUUUGAGGAAUUACUGCAUUAAUCCUU